GGGCGCGCGCCCGCGGGGAGCCGGCCCCGCUGGUGAGACGAGGGCGGAAGUGCGCGGCGGGGGCGCGCGGGCGGCGGCACCCCAAUGAGCGCGCGGGGGGCGGCGGCGGCGGCGGUUAAAGCAGAGCCGGGCGCCGGGUUGGAGCCGCAGCGCGGAGUCGGGUCUUAGUCUCCAGAUCUGAUUGGUUGCCUGGCACGUCAUCUGUGGCAAGCAGGACAAUGGCUGCCAGCAAGAGCAAGAACCAGAGUUCCUUGGCCCUCCAUAAAGUAAUUAUGGUUGGCAGUGGAGGUGUGGGCAAAUCUGCACUCACUCUUCAGUUUAUGUAUGAUGAGUUUGUAGAAGACUAUGAACCUACCAAGGCUGACAGCUACAGAAAAAAAGUAGUGUUGGAUGGUGAAGAAGUUCAGAUAGACAUUCUGGACACAGCAGGACAGGAGGAUUAUGCAGCUAUCAGAGAUAACUAUUUCCGCAGUGGGGAAGGGUUUCUUCUAGUCUUCUCAAUAACAGAGCAUGAAUCCUUUACAGCAACAGCAGAGUUUCGGGAGCAGAUCCUGCGUGUGAAGGCUGAAGAGGAUAAAAUCCCUUUACUGGUAGUGGGAAACAAAUCUGACUUGGAAGAGCGCAGACAAGUGCCUGUAGAAGAGGCUAGAAGUAAGGCAGAGGAGUGGGGUGUGCAGUACGUAGAAACCUCUGCCAAAACUAGAGCGAAUGUAGAUAAGGUAUUCUUUGAUUUAAUGAGAGAAAUCAGAGCAAAGAAAAUGUCAGAAAACAAAGACAAGAAUGGCAAGAAAAGUGGCAAGAACAAGAAAAGCUUUAAAGAAAGAUGCUGCUUACUGUGAUGCUUGAACUGUAAAUAUCUCUCUACAGGGGGCAUGGAUAAGAUACCACUAAGGAUAUAGGGCUGGAUUCAUGAAAGGAAGUCUGUAUUGACUCCCUUAUCUUUUGCUUUGCAUAUCACACCUUCAAAAUGUGAAAACAGAACUCUGAAACCAUUUCUGGUAUCCAACAAAACCUACGCCUACUUAAACGGGCUCUGCCUUCCCAGUUUCUUUCAAAACUAGAAACAGUUUCAGAACUACAAUCCUGCUUGGUUACACAAAGUACUUUCAUAUUAACUUCCUAGUGUACUCCAAUGUUUCUCUUGAACCUCUACUGGCCUUAACAAGCAUAGCUGUUCAGGUUCAAACAUUUUUUUCCACUGUUACUGCCCUCCUUGAUGUUGCAAACUGCAGAAAGGUAGAUGACAUCUGGCAAAGGGUUUGAGUCUCCAUCUUCUGUUAGUUGUCACUGAUAUUUCUUACAAUGAAAUAUGCUGGCUUUCUCCCCACUCUCCAUGUAAGAAAUAGCAACUGACACUUGAGAGUCAAUUCAAAAACUUUCUUCCAUAUUCUGUUUAGUCAAUACAGCAUUCAUGAAUCAAGCCUGUGGACUCAAUUCAAACUUAUUUAGGCAAUGCAAAAAUUUAUAUUUAAAUACUGGCUAGAUGCAUUCCCCACUGGUCUGUCUUCUCAUCCUUAAAUUAGUGGUAUGGGGGUGAGAAAAUGACUGUAAGCCUUUCUUCAAAAGGAAUAGUAGUAUUGACAUAUCCUUGAAAGGCUGUCCUGAGUUUCUUCCAUGUAUUGUGGUUAGACUCAAUUACACUCACUCUACAUCCAUCAUCCUUCCCCUCCCUGGUACUGGAAUAGUGAAAAUCAAAGUGUUGACUUCAUCAGUUUUGUUUAUAUUGGAACACUUGUGAUCACGUUGGAAAAGUGGGAACGUCUGUAUCUCUUGUCUUGCUAAAGAUGAGAACUUUGAGUAAGGAUGGGUCACAUCGCACAAUCAUGACUUGGUAUAGGUGAGGCAUACAUGCUACCUCUCAAUGAUUAGCUGGCUAGUGAGUUGUAUGGUGUCAAAAAGCAAACAAAAUUAAGCAGUUGCCAUGUCUGUUAGUCACUGCUAAUUUUAUAUGUACUGUUUCUGAUGCACAGCAACCUAGCACAUGGAGAUGCAUGUUGAGUUUUCCUGUCAGUUAUGCAAUGGUAGGCACAUUGAUCAACAAAAAACAGCCUAGAAAUGAAAGAAAAGUCAGUAUUUAGCAAGUCCUCUUGUCAGCCUACUGAACUGAGCUUUCUGAUGCGGUUUAAGUGCAGUUGCCAAAAAAUACUUCUGUCACUGUUGUGGAAAGUAACUCUUCUGAUUGUGGAGUCUCUUAAUGAAUUAUGGCUAUCUUCUAUUUUGAAGGAGUAGAGACACUUAGUGACUGUAUCUUGCUUGUGAGCUGGAUGCUUAAAACUUGGUGAAAGGAAUAGGCUAUGUGGCUGUUCAGUGAAGCACGCUGCAGCACUAAGUUAACAUAGUGUUUCUUUUUGAGGUGAAGGAGUAGGGAAUACUGUUCAGUACUUAAUAUUGUGAUUUGAGGUUGAAAAACAUUUUUUAACAUGUACUAGAUUGCUCUUGUGCAUUCCACUUCUGAACUUUGAAAAAAAGAUGUGUUAGAUAUUAAAACCUCUGUUGGUCUGAGGUUUCACAGGGACUUAUUGCAAACUCAUUGUCUUCCAUAACUAGUUCAACUUGUCAGGCAACUCAUUGGAUUGGGGAAACUGUACUAAAUAAAAGGUGCUGUAAUCUUCA